AACGCUUCCUCCUCUUCCUCUUCCAUCCCCUUCCUCCUCCUCCUCCCUGAUUCAUGUUUCUUCCGGCUGCCGAUAUUUCCUCCCCUUUCCACUUUUUCUUUCAAACUUUCAGUGCUAUGGCCGCCCUUUGUCAGCUUGCAGGGCACUGUCAGAAGCUGUUUGCGUGGACUCACAGAACGCGGAGAGGGAAAAAAGAAAAGGGAUGUCAGUUUAAUCUUUUCAAUGCUAGGGAACUGUCUGAGACUUAUUCCUCCUCCUCCUCCUCCUCCUCCUCCUCCUCCUCCUCCUCCUCCUCCUCCUCCUCCUCCUCCUCUUCGUCCUCUUGCUCCUCCUCAUCCUCUUGUUGUUGUUGUUGCUGUUGUCCUUUUUCUUCUUCUUCUUCUUCUUCUUCUUCUUCUUCUUCUUCUUCUUCUUCUUCUUCUUCUUCUUCUUCUUCUUCUUCUUCUUCUUCUUCUUCUUCUUCUUCUUCUUCUUCUUCUUCUUCUUCUUGGUCUUCAUCUUCUUCUUCUUCUUCUUCUUCUUGGUCUUCAUCAUCAUCUUCUUCUUCUUCUUAUUGGUCCUCUUCUUGGUCUUCUUCUUCUUGGUCUUCUUCUUCUUCUUCUUCUUGGUCUUCUUCUUCUUCUUCUUCUUCUUCUUCUUCUUCUUCUUGGUCUUCUUCUUCUUCUUCUUCUUCUUCUUGGUCUUCUUCUUCUUCUUCUUCUUCUUCUUGGUCUUCUUCUUCUUCUUCUUCUUCUUCUUCUUCUUCUUGGUCUUCUUCUUCUUCUUCUUCUUGGUCUUCUUCUUCUUCUUCUUCUUCUUCUUCUUCUUCUUCUUCUUCUUGGUCUUCUUCUUCUUCUUCCUCUUGGUCUUCUUUUUCUUCUUCUUCUUGGUCUUCUUCUUCUUCUUCUUCUUCUUCUUCU